AUGUCGUCGAGGCUCCUUCUCUGCGCCGUCUUAUUCGCCUUCGUCCCUCGAUCGCGCGCCGUCGACGUCGUUCGCGCGAACGAUCGCGCGCCGUCGAAUCCGAUAUUCCCCAACGGCCUGGACGUCUUCGGCAGGGACGCGCGGUGCCGCGCGUGUCACGCCCUGGUGAACGCGCUCAAUGAAAAUCUCAUCCCAUCCAUCGCCGCCGAGCGCGCGAAACCGGCGUCUCGAGCGACGUACGGCGCGCUGGACGCCCUCAUCGAGGCCGCGCUGGCGCCGGCGUGCCGAUUGAGCGCGACCUGGCGCGACGCGACGACGAGGAAGGCGUGCGAGAGGCUGAUGGAGACGCGAGAGGACGACGUCGCGGCGGCGUAUCAUCGAUGGAUCAAACGCGGCGGCGGAUCGGCGCGGGACGGCGGUGGGACGCGCGGAGACGGGUCGAGGGUGACGGUGGCGGAGGCGAGAUCGGGGGCGUACGAUCCGGUGGGAUGGAAUUGGAAUUACGAGGUGUGCGGACGCGCGACGGGCGCGUGCAGGGAACAGUUGGCGAUGCACGAACUCGCGGAGUUUGACGACGACGGCGCGGGCGACGGAGAGGCGAGGAAGUAUCGAUCGGAGCAGAGACCGGCGGACGGGGAGACGGUGGAUGGGAUGCUGAAGGUGACGGCGGGAACGUUUCACGAGGCGGUGGUGCGCCGAGACGCGGACGUCGUGGCGUACGUGGGAUUUCCAAAGUUGGACAAGUGGGGGCACUUUUACGCGGCGGCCGCGUUGGGGAGCGUGCGCGAGAUGUUCGCGUCGAACGAGACCGCGCGCGAGGGGUUUGAGAUCGCGUUCGUGGAUGGCACGCACAACGACGUGCCGCCGCCGUACGGGAGCGACGCGCAGGCGCCGACGGUGGCGAUGUUCGCGGCGGGGAAUAAAAAUUGGCCUCGGUACAUGACGGACAUGAACGACGGGAAGUUGACCGCGUUUGAAGUCUUACAAUUCAUCAUGCGCACGUCGGCGAAGCCGUCGACGGUGCAACACGCGCAUUGGCUCACGCAGUCGCUUUCGCAAAACGCGCUUCAUCGUAGAAUUUGGGACGACGACGAGUUGUGA